AUGCUGGCUGAGGGGGAUUUGUCUCGGGAUUCAGGAUACCUGAACGAGUGUGAGCCGCCCCUGAGCACUGAUUGCGGGCCCCAUGCUCAGUGCCACAAUGUUCCCGGGACCUUCCUCUGUGCCUGUGAUCCCGGCUUUGAGCUCCACACUGGAAAGACCGAGUUCAACAACACGCAGGAGAACAGCUGUCAGAGAACAAGCCAAGGUGGGAAUGAGCUGCGGGAGCUGGUGGAGGACGCUGCGGCCCAGCUGAGCGGGCCCCUCUGGGAAGGGGCAGACCAGGCCCAGGUGUCGGCUGAAGCAUCCCGGUUCCUCCAGAGCGUGGAGCAGCGCGCACUCAACAUCAGUCUGCGCGCUCCCGAGAAGGUGCAGAGGAUCCAGAACAGCUCUGUGGCGGCUGAGACGCGAGUGGUCCGGCACUGCCCAUCGGGAGGGGACCCCAUCAGCCUGCAGGCCCACAGGGACACCAUGGAGAUUGACUGUCGGGAUGUGCACCCUGAAAAUGGCUCAGCCCUCGCCUGCUGCCAUAGCUGCAGCCACAAGCCCAGGGCAGGUGGGCCAGCACUGGCCCCAGGCCCAGAUGCCGCUGCUCAAGAACUUUCUGUGACUGGAAGGUCAGACCAAUUCUGGGAAACUGCCAAGGGAAGGCCUGGAGCUGUCGCCUUCAUCUCCUAUGAGUCUCUUUCGAGCAUCCUCAAUACCUCUUUCUUUGGAGCCGAGCCUGGGCAAACGGGCCUGGUCGUGGGUUCACACAUUGUGAGCGUGGCUGUGAGCCGAGGGAUAGGAGUGACCCUCUCCCGGCCUGUGACACUGACAUACCAGCGGGUGCAGACGGCUGUGUCCAGCCUGACCAUCUGUGUCUACUGGGAUGGCUCAGCGGGUGGCAGUCGUUGGAGCACGGAGGGCUGUGAGCUGCUGCAGGUAAACUGGAGCCAUGUCACAUGCAGUGUCCAGCAUCUGUCCAGCUUCGCCGUCCUCAUGGCCUUCAAGCAGCAGGAGGAGGACCCCGCCCUGACCAUCAUCACCUACGUGGGGCUGAGCCUGUCCUUGCUGUGCCUGCUGCUGGCCGUGCUCACCUUCCUGCUGUGUAGAACCAUCCAGAAUACCAGCACCACCAUCCACCUGCACCUCUGCCUCUGCCUCUUCCUGGCCCACCUGCUCUUCCUCACGGCCAUUGACAGAACCGAUCUCCAGGUGCUGUGUGCCGUGACGGCGGGUGCCCUGCAUUACCUGUACCUGGCGGCCUUCACCUGGAUGCUGCUGGAGGGACUGCACCUGUUCCUCACCACGAGGAACCUGAGCGUCGCCAACUACUCCCAGAGGGCCGUGUCGGCCUGGUGGCUGUUCCCCGCGGGCUACGGCAUCCCGGCUAUCAUCGUGGCCUCGUCAGCAGCAGCUGCACCUCACUUCUAUGGCACCCCUGAACGCUGCUGGCUGAAGGUGACACAGGGGUUCAUCUGGGUUUUCCUGGGUCCAGCCUGUGCCAUCGGUUGCGUGAAUUUCCUGAUUUUCAUCGUGGUCCUUUGUAUCUUGAGGAAGAAGCUUUCCUCUCUCAACAGCGAGGUGUCCACCAUCCGUAACAUCAGGAUGCUGACGCUCAAGGCCACAGCGCAGCUCUUCAUCCUGGGGUGUACCUGGCUCCUGGGCCUGCUGCAGUUUGGCCCUGCGGCUCGAGUCAUGGCAUAUGUCUUCACGAUCACCACCAGCCUGCAGGGCAUCUUCCUCUUCCUGGUCUACUGUGUCCUCAACCAGCGGGUGCAGAGGUGGGCUUGGGAGUGCAUAAAACCGAAAUCUGAGCCCAAGGACAUCACGUUGUCCAGCAGGUUCGGGACCGACUCCAAGCCGGAUGAGAGCAAAUGAAGAGAAAGUACUGAAAGGACAUUCAUCUCUGCAAUGGGUAAAUCCAUCCCCAGGGAACCAAUUGGCAUCUUGAUGAAGGCGACUCCAAGAAGGAC